CUGGUUUGCGGCAGCUGUUUUCUGGUUUUAACAUAUUGUUAAUUAACAAUUUGACUUUAGUUCGAUUUGGGGCAUGGCGCUGCUAGACUAUAAUUCGUAUGAGGAGUAUUUGGAUCACUUCAUCAGCAUAAAUGAUGUGCGAUAUUUGGGCAAUUGGGCACUCAGCAGGCAACUGAUACAGAAUGCCUGUGGCAAGAGCUGCAUGGGUCGUCUGCUGAGUCGUUCCGAGUUUGUGGAGCAGCGCAAAAAAGCUGAAGUUGCUCUAGAUCCACAUAGCAUCAGUGAUUUCCCACUCUUUGGAGCGAGCUAUAACGGCAAUGAUGAAGUGCUGCAGCAGUUUGCCCAACGGGAACAUAAACUCCUCAAUAAGCAAAUAUCGACGAUUAUCUUUUUGUUGAUGCGCUCGGCGAAGGGCCUCGAAAUCUCGGGAUUCAUUGAUCUGGAGCACAGUCUAAGGGAAUCGCGUUACAAGACCUCCGGACACUAUGUCAACUGGCCAGCCAUAUUUGAGGGUAAGGCCAGGUUAAUGCCGCGUCCGCAUCACCUGAGCUACUUUGACUGGAAGAAGAACAUGGUGCGCUGCAAUAAUACCCCCAAUUUCCAAGUGAUAUCGGGCGGUGUUCACAGUUUGCUAAUGAUGCAUCGUGCCGAUCACAAGAUAAUCUGUGUGAGCGCUGGCUGCACUUGCAGUUAUGAGCGAAAUGCUCAGCGUAGUAUUUAUGACUCAAAUAUUUAUGGACAAUGCCUGUUCUUUGAUCACAACAUCAGGCGCAUCAGUUAGCCAUGCCUGCACUCAAGCGGCUUUAAGCUGUCGUAUGGUCUAAUUGUAUGUUUGUUCGAAAACAAAACUAUGAUUGACAUGUUGAAUAUAUACGGAUGUAUAAAUAUGUAGUGCAUAUACCAUGCCAUUUA